CCUACCUAUAUAUACACACAUACAUGUAUAUAAAGGCAUCGCCUAAGAGUUCACCAACAAGUUCACACAGAACAUAAUUAAGCUUAUAACUUGCAGAAACCUGUUGAUGAGCGUCAAUGGCGAAAGAGAAUGAGCUACCGGGUUUCAGGUUCCACCCCACUGAAGAGGAGCUGCUUAGUUUCUACCUCAGGAACAUGAUCCAUGGCAAGAGAUCGUGCAUCGAAGUGAUCGGUUUCCUUAACAUCUACCACUACGAUCCUUGGGAUCUACCUGGGCUGUCGAAGAUUGGGGAGAGGGAAUGGUAUUUCUUCGUGCCGAGGGACAGGAAGCAUGGCACUGGAGGGAGGCCGAGCAGGACAACUGCCAAAGGGUACUGGAAAGCUACGGGAUCUGAUCGUAAAAUCGUGAGCUUGUCCGAACCAAAACGUGUGAUCGGUCUGAGGAAGACUCUUGUGUUCUAUCGAGGAAGAGCGCCUGGAGGGAACAAAACUGAUUGGGUCAUGAACGAGUACCGCUUACCAGACAGUUGCCCCUUGCCCAAGGAUGUUGUACUGUGUAAGAUAUACAGAAAAGCAACUUCUCGGAAAGUGUUGGAGCAAAGAGCAGCCAUGGAUGAGAUGGAAGGGAAAGCAAGCCAGACAUACCCAACAUCUCCUCUGUCAUCGUCUGAGACAAUGGCGUCCUGCGGUACACAGAACGACUUGAUAGCUCACAUUCCUACUCCUCAGUUACCUCAAGUGGUAGCCAUGGAAGAAAAUAACGAAAUCUCGAUCCAAGAAAGCCACGUAGAGAACGAGGAAGGCAAGGGUCCUUCCUCGUCUCUGAAGCUGCCCUUUGGAAGCUUACCCGAGCUGCAGGUCCCUAAAUCAGGAACAGAUUGGGGACAGGACCCGCUCUUGAGCAUAAGCCCAUGGCUGCAGAAUCUUACCCCUAUAGUUAACCUACUGAACUUUUAGGUACGUCAACAACAAUGUUGCCACUCAGCCAUAUGAUUAAUUAACUAGGUCUUGAUUCCAUCCAUCCCUCGCCUGUGAAGAACACCCACAAUCUUGACCAGCUUCAAUCUCGUCUCCACAACAUGUAUUGAUCAGAUUUAUGAGUCAUUGUAACUAAAAUUCAGAUGUGAUAUUAUGUUACCAAGAGAUAUAUAUACACACAGCUUAUUUUAACUGCAAUGGCGAAAAAAGAUCACAACUUUGAACACAGAUAUGGGCGACAUCAGCAAUUCUGGAUUCAUGGAUAGGGAACAGAACUGUUCAAACUAAACCCCACAGGAAUGUGAAGCCGAUCGAUCCACGAAGUGCCCAGAAAGAACUAAUCUACAUCGGAUCAGAAUCUCAAACACAAACCUAUGCAGAUCGAUCAAUCGACGUUUUGCAGAACAUCCUCGGGCUGUGAACUUGUCCUUAUCAACAGCUGAAUGCCCCUUGGCUUUACGUUUCGAGCAGCCAAUUCCGGUCCACUUGAGCUUGACGAUGACGACCAUGGAAGGGUUGACUCCGAGAUUAACCGUCGACCCAUUAGCUUUUACCUGCGAAAUCCACUCGAUGUGGAUGUCCCACUCGCACCUCGUCGUCCUUCCGCACCGGAACCAUUGUAACAACGAUGAAGCUUUGGCAAGGAUUCUCUCUUUUUUUUCUUUCUUCUUCCCCUUCUUCUUUGUGUUCCCAGAUCUGAUUCUCUUCUUAUCCCACUGUUUCUCCUCCUAUUGUGGUUAGGGUUUACCUGACCUUUUCAUGUGUUGUUUGUUCUUCUAUCGAUUGGUCUGGUCUGAUUUCCGCGGGAAAAAAAUGUCGAAGGAAGAGAAAAAUCGCAAGGAGAUGAAGAAAAACAAUGUCUCCCUCCAGCCAUCCAUAUCGUGAAGUAUUAAACUAGGGUUCCAUAUGUAACAAACAAAGUCAGUCUCGUACACUGACGCACGACAGUGAAGCACAAGAGCUGUCUUGUCUCUCCAAUGGUGUGGUCAAGCCGCUCCUUCAGAUCCGAAGUUAUCUUCUUCUUUUUUUCACUCCUUCCCGAUGCUCAGCUACAUGAACAGUUUUGAGGGCGAAGUGAAGAAUUUGCACAUUGAAUGGAUUAAAAAAAAAAAAACUCAUCCCUUGUGUGAACAUAUUCCCCAAAACCAGGAAAAAAAACAGCAUGUUUCAGUUCAUUUACACAGUUUCUUCACUAAGGAAAACUAUCACAGCAAUUAUUACUUCCUUCGCUUCUCCUCGUCGCCUGAAAAGGAAGAAGAAGAAGAACCUCGGGGAAAAAAAAAAGAAAAAAAAAU